AUGCGUCUUAUCAAGAAAAACGACGAUGACCUCGCUGCCGGUGAAGCCAUGCGUGGAGGACUCAUUGGUGCGGUCAAGUACUCGGCCGUCGCACUCUUUCUCGGUGGUGUUCUCCAUGCCACCUGGCCUAAGUUCCGGGCUGUCAGACCUCCACAGAAGUGCUGGCUGAUGGUAGCGGCUGCAUUGGGAGGCUUUGGCAACGGAUCGGAUACGGCCUUCACGAAUUUUGAGCGUCGGGACAGAGAGAUGCAGAUCCGAAUUGCGAACCAGAAACGCCACGAUAUUCUUUACGGCACCCCCGAGGAGAACCAGGCCGCUGCUGCUUCAUUAGCCGGAACUGGAUCCGGAUCGAACACUACUUCAGCUUCAGCUUCAGCAUAA